UCAUUUUACUGCACUAAUUUUAUUAACAGCGAUUAAUGCAUUUCUGUUUGACCAUUUUUAUUAAAAAUAUAAAAAGAGUGAAAUUGAGUGAACCAAUGGUGGCGUGGAAACGGAAGUGGUAACUCAUUGGAUAAGAUGUUAUGCUGCGCACAAGGUCGUGGGUUCAAAUCCCAGCACCAUCAAGCUGCCAUUGCUGGGUCUUUGAGCAAGGCCCUUAACCCUAAAACUGUCGCUAUGGAUAAGGAUGCCUGCUAAAUGCCAAAAAGGAACAUAAAAUACAAGGAAAAACUCCCUGAGAUGAAGUGUAUGAGGAAGGAACCAGACUCAAAAGGUUCUUAACUGUCUGCAAUAACCUCACGGAUCUUUACACUGUUCAUGAGCAACCAUCUUCAGCAGCAACAAUCACUAAAAACCAAACCAUACCAAAGAAGCCAACAUGGCUGCUGGAGCUCUGAACACUGUGAAGAUCUGUGUGCUGAUCUUAUGGCUGGCUUCAGCGGGACACUGUGCAGAGGACUUCAGGGAUAUCCGGCAGCUUGUUAGAUACUACGAGAGCCUCUCUUAUGACAGAAUCGCAUUACUACAGCAGCAUCGACGAGUAAGGCGUCACCUCGAACCAGAAACCCAGGAGCUCCAUCUAGACUUUGAAGCUUAUCAGAAGGUUUUCCGAUUACGACUCAAGCCAGACUUUGAUGGGUUUGCCGAAGACUUCAAGGUCCAGUCCAGCAACCAGUCAUGGAAAGGCGACCUUCCUCACAUGUAUUCAGGAGUGCUGAAAGACGAGGUUGGAUCGUCAUGCCAGGGGUCAGUCCUCGAUGGCCAGUUUGAAGGCUCUAUUAAAACCUCCAAUGGGACCUUCUUCAUAGAACCCAUGCAGAGAUACACAUCCAAGUCGACAGACGAUCACUCUGUCAUCUACCAUGAGGAUGAUAUCAAUGAUGUUCCAACAGAAGGCAGCCGUGCUGGAUUCUGUGGUACGGACCAGCUGCAGCGUCUCUUCCGAGGCUUCAGACAGGAUGAACCAGUGCCUAGGUCAAAACGUACAGUAGACCAGUCCAAGACUAGCUGUCUCCUCCAUCUGCAUGUGGACUAUUUGUUUUAUCAGAGGUUUGGCAGCAUCGAGGCCGUCAUUGCCCAGGUUGCCUCCUACAUGAAAGCAGUAAACAAUAUAUUUCACAAGGCAGAGUUUGCCGAGAUCGAUGUAAUUGACUUCAAGGUGAAAUCGAUGAGUAUUAUUUCGGAAGAAAACCCAGAUGACCCUCUCCAGGAGACUUUCAUCGGCCCGGAGAAGCUGCUGAGUAUUUAUUCGGAGAUGAACUGGGGAAACUACUGCCUGUCCUACCUGCUGACCAGUCGAGACUUCAACGGCGUCCUUGGCCUGGCCUGGGAGGGGAAACCAGAUAAUUGGGGUGGGAUCUGUUCCAAACCUGUGCACACUAAGGAUGGUCAGACAUCCAGCCUGAACACCGGUCUGAUCACGCUUAUGAACUUCGGACGUUACCUUCUACCCAAGUUCGUCCAGUUGACCUUCGCUCAUGAGCUUGGCCACAGUGUCGGAGCUCCUCAUGACGAAGGCUCGGAUUGUGGUGAUCUGGGAGUCACUGAAGGGAAAGGAUACUUCCUGAUGUUCCCACACGCUGCGAACGAGGUUAAAGAGAACACUGACCGCUUCUCGCCGUGCAGCCUCCGGCACAUGAGCCGUUUGCUCAAGCUCAAGAAGGACAGGUGCUUUGUAGUCAGCGAUCAGCCGAUCUGUGGGAACCGUAUUUUGGAGAAAGGAGAGGAAUGUGAUGUAGGACUCAACGCAAGUGAUCCGUGUUGCUACAGUUCCAGGGAACCAAUAGGAAUUCAGUGUCGGCUAAAACCCAACAAACAAUGCAGUCCUAGUCAGGGUUUGUGCUGCAGCUCAACUUGUGACUUUAAAACCCAUGGACUGCUGUGUGAGAAGGACUCUGAGUGUCGGAUGAGAAGUGUGUGUACGGGAACCUCUGCCACAUGUCCUCAACCUGCUGCCAAGCCAAAUAUGACAGUGUGCAGUCUGGGCACACGGGUUUGUCUUAGUGGGGAAUGUUCAGGCUCCCUGUGUGUGCUACAUGGCCUGGAGCAAUGUGACUGCCUGGGCGAGAACAAGAAAGACAAAUGUCACUUGUGCUGCCAGCAGAGAGGAAACCCCAAAACAUGCGCAAGUACCACUUCCUCGGUGCUUUUAAUGUACUUUAAAGGACAGAGGGUGGCGUUGGUGCCUGGAUCGCCGUGCUCCAAAAACCAGGGCUAUUGCGAUCACUUUCAGACAUGUCGUAUACUGGAUGCAGACGGCCCCAUCGCCAGACUAAAAAACUCCUUCCUGAACCUGCGAGAGUUCGAUGACAUGGCCGACUGGAUAAAGGCCCACUGGUGGGCGAUCCUGCUGGGCAUCCUGGGAGUUUCGGCUGUAAUGGCCGGCACUGUCUGUCUGUUCGGACACACAUUGGAGAGUGUCGAGAAAGAAGAGACGACACUUUAACUGAGAUGGAAAUAUGUCAUUCAAUGCAAACGCGAAUACAGGCCUAGUGCUGUUACAUAUUUGUAUACAAAUUCUUUUUUAAAAUCUCUGUAACUUUCACUACGUCUUGGCUGCAUUUAGUCUACGUAAGCAGCUCACAUUUCAUUUUUAGUGUUUCUACUUUCUGUAUGUGCAUCUUGAAAGCAAGCUAACCAUUUUAUCAAGAAUUCAAGUUAGCUACUCUAACAGCUGACAUGGCACUAAGACUCGAGGCAUCCCCCCACAAAUCAAUUGCACACAUGUAAAGUGUGUAUAUUUCCAACAAUGUGUUAUUCCUAUAGAAACAAUAACAUAUUAGAACAAGCAUCCAUGCAUUUAUAUGAAGCUGUGAUUGGCAAAAAGUAGUACAGAAAAGUAAUCAACAACUUCUGACCAAUCAGAAUUCAACAGCACUGAUAUAAAAUUGCCGUAUCCAGAGCUACUUACAACUGUCUCAUUUAUUAGGGUUAGGGACUUGCUCAAGGGCCCAGCAGAGGCAGAUUGGUGUUCCUGGGAUUAUAACAAAAACUAAUGAUCAAAUCCAACAUUUUAACAACUGAGCUACUACUUCAACUACCUAAUGUACCACUUGCAUAUUAAAAACAGAGCACUGAGCUGAAGCAGUGCAGUAACCCUGUCUCUAACUACUUUCACUUUCCAAUCCUUUAAUUUUUCAGCAAUAGAUAUGAUUACAAAUAUAUAUCUAUACAUAUCUUUAUCUUUUUCUGUCAAAGCAGGGUUUAACCGGUGGAUAAAACUAGGUAGCGCUACACAACUGCAGCCUGGCUAAGUAACCAAGGCAGAUUUAUAUAUAUAUAGUACAUUUUGUACACCAAGGUAAAGGCAAAGUGUUUAAAAAUAAUCUAUAAGGAGCGUUAGAAUAAAAUUCACAAUGAUAUAUAACUUUUGAAAUGUGUGAGAUUAAAAUGCCAGGUGUAGUGUACCACAGCUAGGUAGCUAAUGAGCUGAGGAAGUGUUUUUAAACACAUCAUUUCAAUUUACUAAGUGUUUUCUGUGAUAUUCCGAACUGUGAACCUUUCAUUCUCUUUAUUUCAGUAGCUGUUUGUUCUUAUUAAUUGAUUUGUAUAUUAUUUUGAGUUCAUUAUUUAUUGUUAUUCACUUGGACACAUUUUUUAUUAAAGAAAAUCUUUUAUUGCACAAUUUAAAAGAAAACAAUAUUAAAAAUGUUUACAGAAGUUUCUGUUUCAGAAUUUUUUACAAUUCAAUAAAUUUUUGUUUAAAACAUUUCCUUCAGAACCUUUUGUUGGAAAAUUUUAUAUAAUAGACAAUAUUUCAGUGAUUUUUUUACAGUAAUGUACUGUCACUAGUGUUAAUGUUAUACCUGGUCAGUGUAUAUACUAUGACAUUAUAACAUUAUGUGCAGUGUAGUGAAGAACACUGAUUAUCUCUUCAUCAUGGCACCUGUUAGUGGGUGGGAUUUAUUAGGCAGCAAGUGAACAUUUUGUC